AUUCACCGGUUGGGUAUAAAUAUUAAGAUGGCCAGCAUUGGUUUUGCAGUACAUUGCAGAUAAUCAAAAGCAAUUUCAAUCACUUGUCACACACGUAGUGUUCACCAGAGAGAGAGAGGGAGGAAUAAUAAGAAUAAGAUGCGUACGUGGUUGAGAAAUGCAAAGCCGUAUUUGCUGUUAUUGGCGGUUCAAUUUGGGUCUGCAGGAAUGUUCAUAUUUGCCAUGGAUGCCAUCAAGAAGGGUAUGAGUCAUUACGUGUUCACCGUCUACCGUAAUGUCAUCGCCUCUGUAACUCUCGCUCCCUUUGCAUUUGUUCUUGAAAGGAAAGUUAGGCCCAAGAUGACUGUCCGGAUAUUUUCAGAGAUUAUGGUGCUGGCUUUCUUCGAAAUAAUACUGGAUCAAUGCUUUGCCCUGUUGGGCAUGAAAUUCACGUCGGCAUCUUUCCUAUCUGCUGUGAUGAACUCCGCACCCUCUGUUACUUUUUUGUUGGCUGUCAUUCUAAAAUUGGAGCACAUGAAGAUCAAAGAGGUAACAUGUCAAGCCAAAGUGAUUGGCACGGUAAUCACUUUUGGAGGGACCUUGCUAAUGGCAAUAUACAAAGGCCCAGUACUUAGUGUUAUGAGGUCUUCAGCCAGCCACGCUGGCCAACCUGAGAAUGUCACCAACCCCAGCGGUAACCACUGGAUCAUAGGGACAUGUUUCCUCCUUAUUGGUUGUGCAGGCUUUUCUGCGUUUUACAUAUUACAAGUCAUAACAUUGAGAAAAUACCCAGCAGAGAUGUCCCUGGCCACUUGGAUUUGCUUUGUUGGUGCACUUCAAAGUUCUAUUGUAGCAGUCUUCGUAGAACGCCACCAUCUUCAUGCCUGGGCCCUUGGUUGGGAUACACGACUCUUUGCUCCUGCUUACGCGGGAAUAGUUUCAUCUGGAGUUCAAUAUUACAUACAAGGCGUGGUCAUAAAACUUAUGGGUCCAGUUAUUGUGACAGCUUUUAAUCCCCUGCGUAUGAUCAUUAUUACUACCUUGGCCUGCAUAGUCCUAUCUGAACAACUCUACCUCGGAAGUAUUAUUGGAGCAACAGUUGUGGUUCUUGGGCUCUAUCUUGUUGUGUGGGGAAAAUAUAAGGAAUGCCACGGAAGAUCAAUGCCACCGUCCUCUGCAAAUGAUAACCCUCCAGAAGACCAACGGCAGCUACCGGUCACAGCUACUAGGAAUGAUAAUAAGACUUAACUUUUUCUUUACAUCAAUAAUAAGGCUUAGUUAUUUUCGCCAUGAUGAGAAGAGUUAUGUGGAAGGCAUAAUAUAACAAAAUGGGAAAAUCAGCAAAAUUUAGUAAGCCUUCAGUUUUGUUGAGUUAGGCAUUGGAGUGGCAUUCCCGUACAUUGAUAGAUAUAAAGAUUCUAAGGUCAAUGUCAUGCACUUGUUAUACCAUACAAUUGUAGGUGGCAUGACGAUCGAUGGAACUUAUUAUAUAAGUCGUGGUCACUUAGAGUUGCAUCAUAUUAUAUAUAUGUGUGUGUGUGUGUGAUCUGAUUUGCUUUCGAUUCACCAUACAAUAUAUAUUGA